AUGCGACGGAGCAUUGACCUCUUCUCUGCCGCCAGAGAGAAAUUUGGGUUGGUCAUCAACACGCAGAAGACGGUGGUGAUGCAUCAACCGCCACCCAAAUCAUCCACACGCCUAAACGAGCCGCAAAUCAGCGUGAACGGAACCCAAAUGCAAGUGGUGGAGAACAUCCCGUACCUGGGCAGUACUCUCUCCCGCAACACCAAGAUCGAUGACGAAGUCGCCAACAGGAUCUCGGAAGCCAGUCAUGCCUUCGGUCGUCUCCAAAGCACAGUUUGGAAUCGUCAUGGUCUACAGCUCAGCAAGGCCGUCAUCCUCCCGACGCUGCUGUACGGAGCGGAGACCUGGACGGUGUACACAAAGCAGGCACGCCGUCUCAACCACUUUCACCUCAAUAAUGUUCAUCGCAUCCUGAAGCUGAACUGGCAGGAUCGAAUCCCCGACACUGAUGUGCUCGAACGGACGGGAAUCCUCAGCAUAUACACCAUGCUGCGACAAAUGCAGCUGUGCUGGAGCGGCCACCUGGUGCGCAUGGACGAGGCGCGACUAACCAAACGACUCUUCUCUGGCGACGUCGCCACGAGGUCUCACCGCCCAGCAGGCCCAAUUUGCCGUUACAAGGAUACCCUGAAUUUCUCCCGGAAGCGUCUACAAAUCAACCCGACCAACUGGGAAGAGCUCGCACACGAUCGACCGACCUGGAGGAGGACAGUGAAGACAGGCGCUGCGAUCUACGAAGCCAACCGCGUCGCUGCCGCCAAAGUGAAACGCGAAGCCCGGAAAUCACAACUUCGCCCAGUACGCAACGUCGCCACAUAA